UCCAGCCUAGCUAACUAGUCAUGGAUAUGCAUCCACCACCCAAAAUGCUUGCCUCUCUCACCAUCACCAUACUGAUUAUGGUCAUGGCCACCUCCGUCGCACUUGCGUCGUCGGAUGCAGUGGUGCUCGAGGGACAAGCAAGAGCACUCCUCGUCUGGAAAGAUAGCCCCGACAACCAAAGCCAGCAGGCCCUGCGCUCCUGGGGAAACACGUCGACGCCAUGCAACUGGCGCGGCAUCAGUUGCAAUACCGGUGUGCAGCAGCACCAGCAUUGGGCGGUGAUCAGCGGCAUCUCUUUGCGGGGUAUGCGGCUGAGAGGAGCUCUGGAGUCCCUCAACUUCUCGGCCUUGAGGACCUUGGCACGCCUCGACCUCUCAAACAACCUCCUCGCUGGGAGCAUUCCUCCUAGUAUCGAGGUCCUUGGCGAGCUCCAUGCUCUCCUUCUGCAAGGCAACCAGAUAAGAGGCUCAAUCCCACUAGGUCUAGGAAAUCUCACAAAAUUGCAUUCCUUAAUGCUUCACGAAAAUGAACUCUCCGGUGAAAUACCAAGCCAGAUAGGCAACAUGAGUAGUCUUGUCACCCUCAACUUGUCAAGCAAUCACUUGGUUGGUCAUAUCCCUUGUCAAAUAGGACACAUGAAGCACUUAGUUGCAUUAGAUUUGUCCAGUAAUGAUCUUUUCGGUAAAAUACCAAGCAGCAUAGGUGGUUUAACCGAACUCACUAGCUUGUACCUUUACAGUAACAAACUUUCUGGACAAAUUCCACGAGAACUAGGUUAUCUUCUAAACUUAAAGGACCUACAACUUGGCAUCAACGCACUCUCAGGUUCCGUCCCACGAAAUUUACAUAAUUUGACCAAGCUUACUGUGUUAAUACUACGGGGAAACAAACUUUCUGGAUUAAUUCCACAAAAAAUAGAUUACCUUUCAAAUUUACAGUACCUGAGUCUUAGAGAAAACAUACUCUCGGGUUCCAUCCCAAAUAGCAUAGGAAAUUUGACCAAACUCACAAAUUUGUACCUUAAGAGUAACCAACUUUCUAGCCAAAUUCCACGAGAACUAGGUUAUUUAGCCAACUUAGAGUGGUUGUCUCUUAGAAAUAAUUCACUAACAGGUCCCAUCCCAAAUAACCUUGGCAACCUUACAAAACUCACUACCUUGGACUUUGGGCAGAACCAACUUUCCGGGCCAAUUCCAUGAGGAAUAGCUUGGUUGUGGAAUAUAGAGUACUUUUAGAGCAUAGCAACAUCACACUAACAGAUAUAAUCACA